GACAGCUUGACAAGAAAUAAAUUAUAAUAAAAUUAUAAAAUUAAACAUAAUAAUGCACAAUAAAAAUGGAUUUUCCACAACAAAUUGAAGAUUCACAUCAUAUACCACUCACCACUACUUCUACUUCCCCCCAUAAAUAUACAGUUCAAAUAAUCGGCUAAACUCAAUUCGGAUAGUUUUCUAAUAAAAAACAAAAUUAAAACCGAAAAAAGUUAAUCCUCAACCCCUUUAGCUAAGCCUAAGUAAAAUUGAAAGUUCGAUAAUCAUUCAAGAUUAACCAUCAUUUAACUCUGACAUAUACACAGAAACAUUAGUGGCUAGAUCACCAUCGGUAUAUGAUGUUGUUAUGGAGUCGCCGCUUUAUGCGGGCCUCAAAUUGGAUCAUCGCAGCGCCAACAAUUUCAAUGUAAUGGAUAGUUACGGCCAUAGAAAAAUUGAAUUAACCUCAACAUCGGUGACUACAACAAAUAAUUUAAGUUACAUAGAUAAAAUGGCAUCCAGCAUGAAUAGUAGCACCACAAUGGAUGAUACCACACCCUCUGAUUCGGGGGUGCAAAUGUUGGAUUCCGAAUCGAGUGAGCUUAUGGUGGAGUCCAUAACAUCUCAAACGGGCUUUGAGUUUGAAGAAAGCAAUAAAUCCUAUGAAGGUUUAGUGGAGAGAGGAGGUCACAAAGAUGCUUUGAUUGUGGUGCCGGCCGAGGAGACAACUGUCAUAGACAGCAAUUCGAAUGUUACAGCGGUCACCGCUAUAACUCCCAACAAUACAACAACGGCUGUGGUUGAAGAGGCUAUGACAAUUAGCCAAUGUUCUACAUUUGAUACAACUGAAAAUAUUGUCUACAGGCGUAAGGUACGCAAGACGCCCAGUGUACCUAAGGCUCCGAAGAAGAGGGUAUCAUUCCAUGAGGAUAUACUUAAAAAUACCAGAACUGAUAAUAUACAUAUUGAGCAUGGCUUUAUAACCUACAAAGCAGGUGGGCAGCGCAGAAUGGCCCCAAUGGUGGGUCAGGCGGGCCGUUAUUCCUGGUGCUCAGAAGGAGACCGGCAAAGAAACACAGAGCUAUGCGAUUCUCAGGAAGGUGAUGAGGAGGGCGAAACUGGCCCCGUUGAAGGAGGUCCCAAACGAAGGGGUAGAGUGGUCUAUCGCAAUGCCUGUUCGGAUGUCUUGGAUUAUGGUAACUCAGAUGUUUAUGAUAUGAAUGAUAGCCAUCUGCAGUAUGACAAUUCGGGUGUAUUUGAAUAUGUGCCCAAAGAACAAAGCAAGGAUGCUAAACAACUAGAGGCCUCCCAAGCAAAACUGGAAAAUAAACCUGAACUUUAUAAAUGUUCUUGUUCAAGCUCGAACUCAAGUCUUGAUUCCGAUGAGAAUGAUAAAAACUCCAAUGGGAAAAGUUACGGCCAGGCCAAGUCCAAUUCAUGUGACUGCAUAGGCAUGAGUAACACCAAUAACAAUAUAAUAGGUGACAAUUGCUAUUAUUCUGAACCCAAUAUCGAUUUCGAUGAAAGUCCCCCACGUCAAAAGUCUGUAUGGAAUAAGGAAAAGAAACCUAAAUCCAGUUGUCUCAAGAAAACCAAGUGUCAAACUAACAUCAUACACGAACAGGAUCUUAAUACCAAAGUUAAGAAAUUCAAUGUUCAUGAUAUGAAUCAGUUGUUGGACAAUAGCAGCAAAAUGAUCUUUGGCUCCUUAAAGAGUAUUUUUACAAUGCCUUUGCCCGAACGUGGUGUGCCCGAGGGCUCUGAAGAUCUACAGGCUGUCAUUGAAUGUGUACCAGAAUUAGAGCAAACACCCGAACACAAACCGAAAGUAAUGACCAAUUUCAAUGAACGUCCCGAUUCACCACCCUUAAAGCAAAAGCCUUUCCUUAGUAAAAGUCUUGAUGGAUCGAAACAACAACCACCCAUUAAGAAAUUUGUACAUAAUGUUGAUGAACAGUUGCGCAGGAAUAAGGAUGAGGACAUGUUUGCCGCCAAGACACAAGAUGAAAGUGCAACGAAGACAACACCACAAUUGGUGCGUCAAAUGGAGUUUGAAACUGAUGGAGAUAUUUACAAUGCUAUAUCAUCGUCAAAUGGCGCCUCGGCAGCAUCUUCCUGUGAGCCAGCCGAUCGUACACCAUUUCGUAAUAAGUUCAUCAUCAAUUGUGAGAGCACAGUGUUUGAACACACUGGAGUCUCGUACUGCUAUGAAACCUCAUCGUUCAAUGAUCUCAAUAACAUGGAUGAUUUGCAUGGUAGCAUUGCUAGUUUGAUUGAAAAAGAUACACCGAUUGCUCAACCUGAACCUGAAUUGAAAAGUGCUUUCAGUGCUCCCAUUGCAAAGACAUUCUCCAAUUUCUUCCGUAGCUUCAAGGAUGCAGGAAAGGACAAAACUUCGCCAAAGAAAGUCAGUGGUAGAAAGCAGUGGGAAAUUGCACAGAAGCAGGCACGCGAAGAAGAGGAGGCAAAACAGAUGCAUGAAGCUACGGAAAAUUAUUUUGCUUUAAAAAUGCCAAAAAGGAGCAGUUUAACUCCUGCUGCCCCCUUGGCUAGUAGCACACCAACCAAGUCUACAAAAUUUCCCUCAACCACAUCCUCAUCGACCAUAUCGGAGUUAACAAACAAUACCAGCACUUCCACAUCAGCACAAGCCCAACAUCAUAAAUCGAAUGCUUCCUUAACAAGUGGUAUAGGCAGUGGCAGCGGUGUACCAUCUACCCCACGGGGGGCCGAAAGCCUUGCAAUUGGUUCGGAUCUACGCAAUAAUCUAGAGAAACAAUCGCGUCAUUUGCCCUCACCCAUUAAGAAACGUUUGAGUGCCACUGGGUCCACAUUAAUACAACAAAAUGCUCCGCCUAGAUAUGGCCUAAGUGGUCCAACUGCUCAACUAGCACAGCAGCAGCAGGACAUGGCUAUGUUUAGUCCGGAUUUGUAUCAUUCGUAUAUGGGUGCACGUGGUGGCAGUGGUCGUGAUUCAAAGAGUACCAUACUGAGUGAAGAAUUCGAUGAUAUUCUAACCAUAACUACAGAUACCGAAAGAAAUGAAAGCGAUAUUGUUAUUGUGGACUAUCAGGAUGUCAAUGACCGCCAUAGUGCUGCCAUUGAUUAUGGUAAUCUUCUGAAACCACCACAACCGCCGGCAAAGACCUCCUUGAUCAAUCGUUUUCUACGCAAUGUCACACAGAAAAAAAUACUCGAAUCCUCGAUAAGACGCAACAACUUCUUUGCACAGAAAUUGAAGACAGAAAAAAGUAGCGGAAAUCUUUAUGUGAAGGGUGCCAAGCCACGUAAUUUGGAAUUAAUCGAAGAUCUUAAUGCUGAGAUUGCUAUGGAGAUUGAGAUGUCUGGUGUAAACAAUUCACCACGCAAAGAGCUGGCCAGCCUGGAUGGUGAUUUGCCGGGCGAUUUGUCACGUUUUGAAUUGGGAAUUGGUGAAAUUUCUAUCGAUGUUUUUGCUGGCGUCCAAUUGAAUAUUCUCAAAGAUGUCACCGAACAACUGUUGAAGGUCUUCAAAUUGUAUACCGGUUACAGCAAGGAGGGUUAUAUGACACCCGUGCUAGUUUUGCUAACUGACAGGUCCAUAUAUGUUACAGAUUUGGUACGCAAUAAACUAUGUUCGAAAUUUGUAUUGGCCUAUAAGGAGCUGGAUGUCAUAUUGAUGGGUCCCUAUGGCAAUACGGUGUUGCUUUCCAACAGCAAUAGAGAUAAACAGCAGGUCUUGUUGGCUGGUGGGCCUUAUCCUGCUGCUGGCUUAGUGGCUAAUUUAGAGUUAUGUGCUCGCCGCAGUGGCUCAGUGUUACCGGCAGUGGGACAACUUACGUUGGAUCACUUGGCACCCUUGCAAAACUUCGUCAGGGAAAAUUCUUGUGUUGGCAAACAUGAUGCUUGGAUGUAUUAUGCGGUGGUAAAUGUUCCAGGAGCAGCAUUGGGAGAUGCUGGAGAACAAGAGCCACUGGGUCCGCAUGCCAAAGGUUUCCUAAUGCAUAGACGAGUAAAGGAGCAUCUAAGCAAUACAAAUUCCAAACAGUAUUCUUGGAAUCCUGGAUAUUUCCUGCUGAAAGCUGGAGUUCUCUACAUGUUUAAUGAUUCCACACAAAAGAUACCCAGUUGGGCAAUGGCAUUGGCCGAAUGUCAAGGUGCUCGAAGGGCUGUUAAGGCUUUAAGGCCUCAUUGUUUUGAAAUUAUGUUGAAGAAUAAAAUGCUAUUGCAACUGGCAGCUCCCGAUGAAUAUGUGGCUUCAGAAUGGCUUCAAGCCUUGUUACAAUCAGCUAGCGGGCUUUUUGAAAUGCAAGAAAAGCAUAAAACUCUAGGCUGUACUUUAGUGGUAACCCAAAAUCACUUGAUAACCUUGAGGGAAGAUUUUUCGGCACCUCUACGGAAGCUUAAGGGCGAUGAAGAGAAAGAGCCCAAUGCUCAGGAUUCUGUAAUGGGGAAUACCACGAAAUUUCCAGAAGACGAUCAAUAUUUGGGAGACACCGUAAGUUUGCUAAGCUCUACCAUGAGCACACCCACAAGAAAUACUCAACGCUCUACAUCCUCAAUGAAUUCGACACCAACCAAAUUAUCUCAACUUUCACGUUCCACCACCACAUGUAAUACCACCUUGGCAUCAUCUUUAGCCAGUAAUGUUGUUACACCCACAUACCUGUCCACUCAUACAACCAGGCAACAAGUAAUACAUGCCACUGCUAUGCAACAUGUCGCUGAUGGACAUCACAACCAAAUGUCGUCCAUCAGCGGCAACAGCAAGCAGUACAAGAACAGCAACAAUAAUAACAGUAUGAGUAGUGUGUAUGGCAAAAAUUCUGGUUUAGAAAUUCUAACUUGUGCUGAUAUUAAAGAAAUGACCGGAAUUAAAAUUCCCUCGCACACUGACACCUGGUGGUGUAUUUUAGAAUUCUCAUGUCAAGAGGUGCGAGAAUGUUCGGAUGAUUUGGUCAUAUUUUUCGCUAGCAGCACAGAAAUGCAAAGAUUUUUGCGUUUGUUGGAACAAUUAUGGCAGGCUAAAAAUAAUGACUUAUUCCCCAUAUGCGUACUCGAUGAAGAUGAUAUUAUAGCAGAACAAUGUACUAUGCUCUAUAUGGAUAUAAAUCGUUCAUGGGAGCCCUUGCUAUCGGCCGCGCUAGGCUAUCCUCUUUAAAUUGCAUGUUAUCUACAACAAAACCAAACAAAAAAAGAAAAUAUUUCCACUACAAGAGAAAGAGAAAUGAUAAAAAAAAGAUAUUUUUGAAAUAUAUUAAACAAAAUCUCUCCGCCCCUUUCCCUCUUAAAAAAAUAUUUAUACCAAAAUCUACAAAAAUGAUAGGAAAAGUGUUUGCUGCUUGACAAAUAGAAAUAUUUAA